CCCACCACCCGAGCCAUUUCUCCUUCCCCACCGAAGCCAACGACCAAGCAAACCCUAGAAUCUCGAGCGCACGAGAGAGAUCUCCAAGGUCGCAGCCAUGGCGAUGCGUGCCCUGUACAACGAGAUCCGCGCGAUGAAGGUGCGCGAGGUUCCGGCGUACCUCAAGCCGCGCCUCACCUGGGAGAACGUGAAGAAGAGCACCGACAAGGCCGUCGACGGCUACAUCGAGAAGUACAUCGAGACCAACUCCCCGGAGCCGCUCUUCCACAUCUGCUUCGGCGGCAUGGCCUUCUUCUACCUCGUCAACCUGCCCGUCGAGCGCCGCCACCUCGAGCACCUCGAGAAGCACGGCGGCGGCCACUAGAUCCGGACCCGCCUCGCGCAGGAGAGCUUAUCUUCUGCCGAUUCAGGAUGGUAUUAUCCAUUUUCUUUGGCUGAUGAGCUACCUGGAGCUGAUGUUCAUUUGAUGGCUGGUUUAUUUUGUACGGAAAGGCAGCAACAAACUGUCUAGUUCACCCUUAUGUUCCUCCUUGUCUUGUCAUAAGCAACUUCAAACUGGGAAGUGCAUGUAUUGUGAUUAAAAAACAUUUUCUGCAAAUUGAGUGCAAGUUCUUUGCGAUAUACUCCA